AUGGCGGACCUUCCGGUUCCUACCACGGCUCUGCAACGCCUGCAGCUUGAGCGAUCCCGUUACUCUUUUGCCGCAGCCGACCCUCCGCCUAGCUUUGUGCAACGCUACACCUCGGCUGACGUGCUAUCGCAUCGACUCUACGCUCAAGGUCUUGCUUCUGACGUGGGCCCAGGCUCUCACAGCUCGCUGGGCAUGUCUCGCCGCGUGGAGUUGCCACCCUACAACCCGCUCAAUGAUCCGGCCUUGGCUAAUUACUUUGCCCGUAAAUUCGAGUGGAACAGCACUCGCUCCGUCGGGGCGGGCUCUGGUAGUCGGCGCAGCGCAAGUGCUUCACUCACUCGUACCCGACAGCCUGUGCGCGGUGCCUCGGCCCAUGGCCACACCAAGUCCCGCACCAAAUCCAGCCACCGCAAAGGCCACGCCUCACUCGAAAUCUUCACCUCCAAGCGCUCCAACCCCGUCAGCAAAAGUGAAAAGUAUAUCACUGUUGUUGGCACCAAGGGUCGCUCGGAUGCCAUUCAACUCGCCGCCCCAGGCGUUCAUUUUCGAGCCGGCAACAAAGACGUCUUUCAAGUCAACUUGACUGGGAUCGGCAAGCCCACCAAGGUGAUUUUGGAGAACACGGGAACCAAGCGUACCGAUGGCUGGUGUGUCAGCAAGGUCGUCCUUGUCAAGAAAACUGACAAGGGCACCCGCCGCUAUCGCUUUUCCGGCCCCGUCUGGCUCAGCAAACACCACGAUGAAAUGAAGCUCAAGCGUGUUUUGCACAUUGAUGACGAAGACAUUGGCUCAGGCAAUGGAUACCGCAUCGAUUGCUACACUGGCGAUGUGGCCAACGCCGGCACUGAUGCAGUCGCCACCAUUCAGCUCUUUGGGAGCAAGGGGCAAUCACCCAUGGUGGAGCUUCGCCGCUCUGACGGCCAAGCAUUUCAACGCGCGCGCGUCGCCACUUUCACUCUGGACGACCUUGCCAAUCUGGGCAAGCUAAAAAAGCUUGUCAUCAGCCACAAUGGCCACGGCAUGGCCAGCGGCUGGUUUUUGGACAAGAUCAUCGUGACAUCUCUCUCCAGCAACAAAGCGACUGUUUUCCCCUGCGACGCUUGGCUGGACCGCAAAAAUGGCCGCUCCAAGGAGCUUGUGGCCCGUACUGCAGCAGCUGGCGCUGAAGGCAUGACCACCUUCACCAUUCGCGUCAUGACUGGUGACCGCCGUGGUGCUGGCACGGACGCGAAUGUUCAAUGCACUCUUUUCGGCGAAGAUGGCGAAAGUGGCCCGCAUACCUUGAACACAUCACGCAAUGACUUCCGUCGCGGCCACACGGACGUCUUUGCCGUUUCUUCACGCAAGAUUGGCACCCUCAAGCGCCUGCGCAUUUGGCACGACAACGGCGGAGCCGGCCCGGCUUGGUUUCUGGAUGCUGUGGAGGUGGUGGAUGAGGCUUCGGGCCAAACCUACCGCUUUGAAUGCAACCGCUGGUUGGCCAAGGACGAGGACGACGGCCAAAUCUCGCGUGAGCUGACCUGCAAUGGCGACUCGAGCUGGGGCCUCAAAUCCUACAAACUCACAAUUUUUACAGGGGACAAGCGCAAUGCCGGCACUAGCGCAAACGUCUUUUGCAAGCUCGUGGGUGAAAGGGGGGCUUCUGACAACGUAAUCCUUGAAAACUCGAGCAAAAACUUUCAGCGUGAUCGCACCGACAUCUUUACUGUGGAGGCUUCGGAUUUGGGCUCACUUCGCCACAUUGUGCUUGGCCAUGAUAACCAUGGCAUGGGUGCCGGUUGGUACGUCGAACGCUUCUCCUUGGAAGUGCCCAGUGAAGGCAAGCUGUACAACGUCGACGUCAAGCAAUGGUUUGCUACCGACAUGUCCGAUGGUGCAAUUGAGCGUACCUUUCGACUGGACAACGCAGAAACACUGGAUAUUGCCCAGCGCCUCGACUGGAAGUGCACGAUCUACACGAGCGACGUGGCCAAUGCGGGCACAGACGCCAACGUGUUCAUGCAGGUCUAUGGCAAGAAGGGCAAGACUGAUGUUGUGCCUCUGAAGAACAAAUCAGACACUUUUGAGCGCGGUCAAACGGACGAGCUGCGUGUUCAACUAAUCAAUGUCGGGUCGCUGCGCAAGCUGCGCGUGUGGCAUGACAACAAAGGCAUGGCUUCUGGUUGGCACCUUGAUCGCAUCGUCCUCUCACGCGACGGCGAAGAAUACAUUUUCCCGUGUGCGGAAUGGUUGGCUGUGAGCGAAGGUGACAAGGAAAUUGUCCGCGAGCUACCAGCCACGGGACCCAACGUCAAGAAGCCGCUGCAACUUGUCGAGUACACUGUCCGAGUUGCAACAGGCCAUGCUCGCUUCGCCGGCACCAACGCCGACGUGUUUGUCAUGCUCACUGGCGAAUUGGGAGACAGCGGCAAGCGUGCUUUGUUGCGCUCGCAAACAAACCGCAACAAGUUUGAACGAGGCAAAGAGGAUGUCUUUACGGUUGCUGCCGUAGAUCUAGGCAAACUUACUUCAGUAACUGUGGGCCACAACAAUGCUGGCACGAGCGCUGGGUGGUUUCUUGACAAGAUUGUCGUGCUUGAUCCUCGACGUGGCGAAGAAGAGGAAUUUCCGUGCCAUCGCUGGCUCGCCGUGGAUGCCGAUGACGGACAGAUUGAGCGGGAGUUGGUUCCCAAGAUGGCCGAGCAUCAGGCGGCCGCCACCACCACCUACAUCGUCAAGAUCAAGACCGGCGACGUGCGCCACGCUGGCACGGACGCAAAUGUUUUUGUGCAGCUCUUCGGCAAGACCGGAGAAUCAACGCAACUGAAGCUGCGCAACUCGGAAACAUACAGCGACGCUUUCGAACGUAACAAAAUGGACAUCUUCAAGUUUGAGUUGUUGGACCUCGGAGAUUUGUCUCGCAUCCUUGUUGGCCAUGACAACAAGGGCAUGGGUGCAGCCUGGUUUCUUGACUACGUUGAAGUGGAGGUGCCUUCCAUUCGCACGCGAUGGAAGUUUCCCUGCUCACGCUGGUUCUCCAAGUCGCAAGACGAUGGCCUCACCGAGCGUGAGAUCUAUGCGGAGAAAGAGGCUGGCGAGCCUAUGGAAGAAGAUGUAUCAGCCCCAUAUCUCUUUCGCUUCUACACCAGUGACGUGGCUUUUGCCGGCACCGAUGCCAACGUGUCCGUCGUACUCUAUGGUGAUGAAGGCAAGACGGAGGAGCUGGUUGUCAACAAUCAAAGCGACAACUUUGAGCGGGGCAAAGCGGAUGACUUUAAGCUGGCCUGUAAGCCCGUGGGACGACCCAGCAAGAUUCGCCUGUCUGCUCAUGGUGGUGGUAUGAGCGCCGAUUGGCACCUAGAAAAGAUUGAGGUUCAUGAGCUGGGCCAAGCGCGCAUCUACACAUUCGAGCACAAUGAUUGGUUGCGCAAAGGCACCAAAGCCAAGCCUUUUAUGGUUGAGUUGCCCCUGCGCCGGAUUGAAACGGUGGACGAUAAUGGCCGCGAAGUGGUCGAGGAAUUGGCACUUGACGCCAACAAGCGCACGUACCGCGUCAAGGUUCACACCGGGGACCAAAAAGGCGCUGGCACAGAUGCCAAUGUGUAUGUCAACCUUCACGGCAGCCUCGGAGACUCGGGUGAUCGCCACCUCAAGAACAGCUUGACGCACACCAACAAGUUUCAGCGCAAGACCGUUGAUGAGUUUGACAUUGAUGCCGUCACACUUGGCGACAUCAACAAGGUCAAGGUUUGGCACGACAAUGCGGGUUUGGGUGCAGCCUGGUACCUUGAAAAAAUCGAGGUGGUGGAUACGGCAGACGACAAGACCUACAUUUUCCCUUGCGCACAAUGGUUUGCCAAGAGCAUGGGCGAUGGUCAAAUUGCGCGCGAACUCGGCGUCUUGGAGGAGCAGAAGCCCGCCGACUUUCAGACCAAGAACGUUGGCUUUAAGUAUCGCAUCAGCGUCCACACAUCCGAUGUCAAGCAUGCUGGCACCGAUGCCAACGUUGACAUUGUGCUGUACGGCGAGAAGGGCGAUACGGGCAAGAUCCGGCUCGCCAAAAGCGAGACGCACCGGGACAUGUGGGAGCGUGGAAAUUGUGAUGUUUUUACUGUCUCCGCCAUAGAGCUGGGCGACCUGAAGCGCGUAGAUAUCAUGCACGACGGCAAAGGCGUGGGCAGCGGCUGGCACUUGAACAAAGUCGUCGUUGAUGCCCCACAAGCUGGCAAAACAUGGACAUUCAUGUGCGACGCUUGGCUUGACAAAGCCACAGAUGACGGCACUAUGGCCAAGACCCUAUACGCGUCGGCUGAUGCUAUCGAGGAGUACAGCGCCCAUGUGCCUUACGAAAUCAUCAUCAAAACAUCGGACGUGCGCAAUGCAGGCACGGAUGCCAACGUCUUCAUUGACCUCUAUGGGCGGGAUCAAGAGGAGCGUGACUUGACAGCACACCACGAGUUCAAGGACGCCGUCAAGGCGCAUUUUGAACGCAACCUGGAAGAUCGCUUCAACGUGGAACUGCCCGAUGUGGGCUCUAUUUACAAGAUCCGCCUGGGCCACGAUGGCAAGGGCAUGUCCUCGUCAUGGCACGUGGCCAGCGUGGUCGUGAUCAAUCAGCGUACGCACGAGCGCUUCGAGUUUCCCUGCGAUGCUUGGCUCAGCAAAGACAAGGACGAUAAGAAGCUGGUGCGCGAAUUUGCUGUUGGAGAGGUCAAAGCCUUGGAGGGCGACAAAGUUGUGCGUCGCGAGAGUAUCCUCUCCCUGCAAGAAGCCAUUUAUAAGAUUCAUGUAUUCACCGGGGAUAUCAAGCAUGCUGGCACAGACGCCAACAUCUAUGUGCAGAUCUUUGGUGAUACGGGUGACUCGGGCGAGAUCAAGCUGGAAAAAUCGGAAACCUAUCGCGACAAGUUUGAACGCGGACAUGAGGACAUCUUCACCCACCGCUGUCUGGACCUUGGCCCCUUGCGUAAGAUCAAGGUUCGCAGUGAUGGCAAGGGCUUGAUGGGAGGCGACUGGUACCUGGAUCGCGUUGAGGUGCAUCAGGAGAAUGACCUCAGUGAGCCACCAGUGCGCUUCGUGUGUCAAGACUGGUUCAAGCGCGGAAAGCAGGAGGGUGACACGUUGGAGCGUGAAAUUACUGCCCAAGUGGAUGCAGCUGUGGCCAUGAAGGAAGCCACGGCGCUGGAGGACGAGGCCGCACGCUUACAGCGCAAGGCUACCACACUUUCCCGCAAGUCAACCAAGGGCAGCCCCCUCCGAAAGGGCACCGGCACCACGGAAACCAAUGCGGAACUGGAAGAGGCCCAGCGCCAAGCCAAUAUUGCCCGCCGCAAAGCGGACGAAGCCAAGGAGCGUGCGGGCCUGGCGGGCGCGGAUGACACGCAACUUGAAUACAAGGUCACGGUGUACACGGGCACGGAUACUCAGGCGGGCACAACGGCCAACGUUUGGUUGCAGCUCUUUGGCGAGAAAGAUGCGCCAUUGACGCCAGCGCCGCCGAGCCCGAGCAAGCUGAGCCGUAGCGGCUCGCUGUUUGGACGCCGCCGCCGCGCAAGCUCAGACGCUCAGUCUGUGAGCAGCAGCCUCAGCGCUGGUGCCUCAGGCCCGCGUGAGACAAGUACUGGCCGUCUGCAACUCAACAACGCCCCUGCAGAUCUGCAGAGUGGUGCCAAGACCACGUUCACAGUCACUGGCCUUGACGUGGGCGAGCUGGUUGGCCUAGAGAUUGGUCACGAUGACGAGCGCGACAAGUGGUAUCUGGAGCAAGUAGUUGUCGAAGUACCCAAGUCUGCGACGCAUGCAGCGCGCAGAUACGAGUUCAAGGCCGGAGUCUGGCUGGCUGCUCGAGCGGACGGUUCCACCAGUGGCUCCGCCAAGGGCAAGAGCAAAGCAAGUGUACGCUUGCAACCUUCGGAGAUCCAUGCAGGCAGCGAGCGCAUCCUCGAGUACACGCUCAAGGUGUACACCGCCAGUGCAGAUGGGGCUGGGUGCACGGCAGUUCCCCAAGUGCAGCUGUUUGGUGACAAACACACGACUGAGGCCCUGCCCCUGCGGGCCGGUGGUGACAUCUUGCCGGCCAGCGUUGUGGAAACGCAGCAUCGCGUCCCGGACCUGGGAGCGCUGCUCAAGGUACGGCUAAUGGUGCCGCGUGGCAGCAGUUGGACGGUUGAGAAGGUUGAAUUUGGCCGAGCAGGUCAGACGCCAAUUACGUUUGUUGGAUCUGACGGAUCAGCGGUCACGCUGGGCGCCGAGCGCCUGAGCUUUGACUUCUUGCCGGCAGCCGCCCCUGCGUCGUCGGGCGGUAAGGGGAAGCGCCGUGGUAGCACAACAAGCUCCGUGGCUGUCGCGCAGCAAACCUCCUACCGGGUCUACGUGACGACAGCUGAUGAGCGCGGGACAGGAACAGAUGCCAACGUGAGCAUCAUCUUGUACGGCGCCAUGGGCGACUCGGGCGAGCACAGCCUGACCAAGAGUGAAACCUUCGACGACCCCUUUGAACGAGGCAACACCGAUGUAUUCACUCUCGAGGUUCCGGACCUGGGCGAGCUGCAGCGAGCGCGGAUCUGGCAUGAUGGCAAGGGCAUGUUCAGCAGCUGGAAGCUGGACAAGAUAGUGGUAGUGGUUGAGGCCACACAGAGUCGCUACGAGCUGCCCUGCGGCCAGUGGUUGAGCAAGAACAAGGGCGACAAGCAACUGACGCGAGACUUGGCGGUGGCCAGCAAGCGCGUCAACGCGCUCACGGGCACAUACAAGCUCGAAGUAGCCACCGAUAGCCGGGCUGGCGGCGGCUGUAAAGGGCCUGUUCGAAUCAUGCUGUUGGAUGCGGAAAAGAAUCAGUUGCCCCUAACUUUGGAGCCACCAGGCGGUGAGUUUGCUCCAGGCAGUGUCGAACAUCUGGUCUUUGACAACGUCAUGCUGCUCGGCCCUUUGACCGAGUUGCGUAUUCGCCGCAAGCCAAGUGGUGCCUCGAGCCGCCGGGGUGCCGAGGAUGACGAUGAGGAUGACAACGAGGCUAGUGGAGCAAGCUCGCAAUCUGGCAGUGCCGUGUCACCAUGGCAUUUGGAGCACAUCAUCGUCAAGCAUUUGCAAAGCGGCCAGAGCUUCGUUUUCAAGGGACCAAGCAAAGGCCUGUCACGAAGCCGUGCCAAGCUAUCGGUGCACACCGAGGCGACGACGGAGGAAGCGGUGGCUCAGGCUACCAAGGCCUCCGUAGCUCAGUACGAGGUGGCCGUGACGACGGGUACUGAGCGCGGUGCAGGCACGGAUAGCAAUGUGUUUGUGACGCUCUUUGGGAAGAACGGCGACAGUGGGGAGCGUGCACUCGCCAAGUCGAAAACAUUUCGCAACAUGUUUGAAUCGGGCAACACGGAUGUUUUUGACGUUGAAUGCCAGGACUUGGGUGAAUUGACCAAGAUUGAGGUGAAGAGUGAUCUCAAGGGUUUUGGCGCUGCUUGGCAGUUGGACAAGAUCAAGGUGACACGGACAGGCAGCCAAAACAGCUGGCAGUUCAAGUGUGACCAGUGGUUUGACAAGAAGCAAGGGGCCGAGCACACAUUUUCUGUGGCGUCUUGAUCUUGAUUGUAUUUAGUGUAGCUGGGUCGUGUAGAGUGCCAUCCAAUGCCUCAUGGAUGCGUGUAGGGCAUGAUUGUGCGCAAUAAUGCCGCGUGCACAUGGCCGUGACUAGUGCUUGGUCAACUGUGCGGGCCGUGCCGUUCAUGUACAUAUGAUUAUGACAUAAUUAUGCUAGCAAUAUGUGCACUGCUGCUUCAACGUGUGCGUUUGAUUUUCAAUCAAUUGAGAACAAACG